AACAGGCAUUUUCAAAAACUUCCGUUAAGUGGCCGUUAGUUUUUUAACGGUGACCCAAAACUCGCACACAUGCGAAAAGGUGAGAUUAUUUCCGGUGAUAGUGAAAAGUGAGAUUAUUUUUGAAAGAGCGCGAAAAGGUGGGAUUAUUUAAGAUAAUUUUUCCUAAAAAAAAUCAUUUACCUUGUUUUUAUCAUUAGGCUCAGAGCCAUAUGCUUAAUUAAAGAUAAUGCCACCUUAGUUCAUUUACAUUUAAUAAUUUAAGAUUUCAAUUAUUAAAAAACUAACAAUAACUUCAUGAUUGGAUUAUGGGUUGUAAUUGAAUAUACAGAUUACAUAAUAUGAAAAACCCCUUUCCCAAAAUUGCACCCAUAAUUUUUGGGGACCCUAUGCAACUAAACAAGUUGGGAGAGUCGAGGUCCACCUUUGAUUAGGCCUAUGAGGAAAGGUCCAAUGAAUGGUAAGUGAUGAUAUUGGUAUGAUGCAUAACACUUUGCAGGGUCUGUUUACACUGGGGUAGUUUUCUACAGAAAUCUUUGUGGGGUAUCAGUCAUCAGAAGUGGGGAGAGCAUGGAGAAUGCCCUUCGGGCGUGUUGCAAAGGGAUAAAAAUUGGGAAAAUUUUGAUACUUGGAGAGGGUAAAUGUGGCCGGCAGGUCUGUACCAUUGAAAAAUAUUCAAAACUCUAACAUUAUUAAUUACAAACAAGACUUUCAAACAAAUCUUGAGUGUAUUCCCAUUGGCAUGUAUGUAUCGAUGUUUGGUGAACAUAGUUGAUUUAUGAGAAGCUACCAUUAGAUAUUGCGAGCCGUCAUGUCUUCUUGCUUGAUCCUGUUCUCGCUUCAGGUGAUUCCAUAUUUUAAAUUCAUUUUUUCAUCCUAAAAGUUCAACGUGUCACAAACUUGAAAUAUAGAUUACUUUGAAUCAAAAGUAAGUUACACAUAUUUUGCUAGCACAUUCAUCUUUUUUGUUGACUUAAAAAUCUUAACAUUACUUUAUUGCUUUACCCUCAGAAAGGAGAGAGAUAUUAAUGCGAUAUUGUCAUUCUAUCUUUAAAUAAGAUUAGUGCAUUUUUUAUUCAUCACAAUGCACUUUUAAGUUUGACAUAUUGCUCUUUUCGUAGUUGCGAUUUGAUUUUUUCAAGUUUGGUUUUAAUUUUCAUCUAUAGAUUUAUAAUCUUUGUAAAUCUUGAAUCAGACGUAACAUGUACAUUCUCAUUUCUCUCAUAAAAUAUAAUUCACAUAUAAUGACAUAUUCUUAUACAAUGACAUUCUAUGUAUCAGGAAAUUCUGCAAUAAAAGCUAUAUCUGUGCUUAUUAGCAAAGGAGUUGAAGAGUCCAACAUCAUUUUCUUAAAUCUAAUAUCUGCACCUCAAGGAUUGCGAGAAGUAUGUGAAAGAUUUCCGAGGGUGAAAAUAGUGACAUUAGAGAUCGACAGGUCACUGAACAAGGAUUUACAUGUGAUUCCUGGCAUGGGUGAUUUUGGGGAUCGUUACUUUGGCACCGUUAACGCAACUGUCACUAAUGACAAUCCUAAAAGUUAGACUCUCUGGCAAGUCUCCGACCUCUCUGGAGAUCCCUUUUUUGUACUUCGGCCCUUAAAUAAAUAAAUGUCUUAGUUCAUUUUUCAUGGAAAUUAAAGAUCAAUUAUAAUCAAAUUGUAUUACAUAG